AUGGGUCAUCUAGAAUUGUUACCAGGCUUGCCGUCUCAACAUACCUAUGUAUUGGGCCUCUCUAUCCUUCUUCCUCUUGUUAUCUUUCUUGUUAUAUCAGUUAAGUCAUAUUAUCGCCUAUCCCACAUACCUGGGCCGUUCUUUGCUAGAUUCACGAAUAUUCCUCGAUUACUCUGGGUAAAGAGUUUCAACGCCCAUAGAAUUCAUAUCGACCUGCACAAAAAAUAUGGCCCCAUCGUACGUUUCGGCCCGAACAUGGUGAGCGUAGGAGACCCAAGGGAAAUAGGAACCAUAUACUCAUUCAAGAAACCAUGGCCAAAGUCAGAUUUCUAUCGCUCCCUAUUGCUUAAGACGCGGAGUAAACCAGUCGAAGGAAUAUUUGCCACUCAGAAUGAGGCAAUCCACCGAGCAUUGAAGCGUCCUAUCUCUAAUGUCUACUCAAUGAGCCACCUGGUUUCAUUUGAGCCUUAUGUCGAUACCGCCAUGAAAGUAUUCUGCGAGCAGCUUGAGAGUAGGUUUGCUAAGACCGAAAGUGGAAGUGGAAGUGGGAAAACUAUUCCAUGCGAUUUUGGGCAGUGGUUGCAAAUGUUUGCUUUUGAUGUCAUGGGAGAGUUAACAUUCUCCCACCGGUUCGGCUUCAUGGAGAAAGGAGAAGAUAUAGAUGGAGUUAUGGCGGAGCUUUGGAGCACUCUCCAAAAAACUGCCUUGGUGAGAUCGGCCCAGUCCCCCAAAGAUAUGAAGAAUAUUCAAAGUCCUGGAGUGAUUUUUGCAAUGCGCAGGGUUCAAGAAAGGCAAAAAAUCGAAAAGGGUGAACUAAAGAAAGAAUGGAAGAUAAACAACAGAGACAUGUUGUCACGUUUUAUGGAAGUGGAAGCCAGCGAUCCAUCAGUCCCUCCGUUUGCGCUCCUGGUAUGGACUUCUUCAAAUAUUACCGCGGGCAGUGAUAGCACGGCAAUGUUCCUAAGAGCUAUGUUCUAUUAUCUUUUGCAUAAUCCGAGUACCCUCAAGCGCCUGGUGGCAGAAUUUGACGAGGCCGCUGAAGCAGGGAACCUCGAAGACCUUGCUGGAUUUAGACAAGCCAAGGAUCUUCCAUACUUUAAUGCAUGUAUUAAUGAAGCAGGCCGCAUGCAUCCUCCACUUGGACUUCCUAUGGAGAGGGUAAUUCCUGCAGAAGGUGCUAAUAUCUGUGGCCAACGACUAGAAGGCGGAACCGUUGUUGGCAUGAGUUCUUGGGUGACCCAUCACCAUGAACAAACAUUUGGGGCAGAUUGCGAUAAGUGGCGACCAGAAAGAUGGCUGUGCGAACUAGAGCAGGCAAAGUACAUGGAAAAGUGUCUCCUCACGGUAAGCAGGAAUAUUGAGUACCUUUUUUACCCGCCAUCAACCCUCAGCUCAUUCAAGUUCUAG